AUGCCCGCUCCUGUGCGGAGACAGAGCGGCGGAGCGUCUUGGCCCGAGCCGCCGCUCCUCAACGCUUGGAUCUCAAAGGCGCAGUCGGCGCGCGCCCUGCUGCAGCUGCACGCACAGCACGGCGAGCGGAUGGACGCGAUGCACCUCGGGAAUCUAUGGAACAAGCUCGGGCGCCACCUCAAAUGGCAGACCGCCUCCGGCGAGAUGGGCGACAGCCUGGCAGGGCUGGCGGCGGCCACCCAGUCCCAGCUGGAGGCGCACGGCUGCCGUCGUCCAGACAUCCUCGCCAACAUCGCGCACGGCGCCGCACAGGCCAUGGGCGCGGACGCGCCGGCGGCGCGCGGACUCUUCGAUGCGAUCGCGAGAGCAGCCGCUGACGCGUGCGCUAAGCCGCGGUGUGAGCCUCGGCACCUCGCCAACCUGGCGUGGGCGUUUGCGACGGCGUCGCAGCCGCAGCCGGCGCUCUUCGACCGCAUCGCGGCCGCGAGCGCGCCGCUUCUGGGGGGCAGCUUCAACGCGCAGGAGAUCGGCAUGCUCGCGCUCGAGCACGGCGGCGCGACAGCUGCGCUCGCCGAGGCCGCGUGCGCCCGCGCGUCGGAGCUUGAGCCGCAGGCGAGUCUCGGCGCAUCUCGGCGCAUCUCGGCGCGUCCCGGCGCAUCUCGGCGCAUCUCCUGGCUCGAGCCGCAGGCGAUCGCGACGGUCGCCCUCUCCCUCGUCAAGCUCGGCGCUGCGAGUCCGGAGGACGGCCGCCGCAGCGUCGGCUUGCGCGCGCUCAAGCGACUCGCGCGUGCCGCGCGCCGCCGCAUGGCCGCCUUCAACGCCCAGGACCUCGACAGCCUCGCCAGCGCGUACGCGCGGCUCGGCUUGCCGCGCUGGGGAGCCAAGCUGGCGUCGGCGAUCGCCGCGGCGGCGGUGGCGCUCGGAACGAAGCGUUGCACGCCGCGCCACCUCGCCAACGUGCUCUGGGGCGUCGCCAAGCUGCUGGCCCGCGGGUCCGUCGCGACAGAGCCGUCCGUGGUGUCGCUCUGCGGGAUGGCGGGAGGCGCUAUCGCGAGCGACGCCGCGGCCUUCAACGCGCGCGACCUCUCCAACGCCGCCUGGUCCCUCCUCACCCUCGGCCUCUUCGACCGGCCGACCAUGCUCGCCAUCGCGGCCCGCGCGGCGGCGACGCUCGACAGCUUCAACGCCCAGGAGACCUCCAAGCUGCUGCCGCGCGAGCAGCGGCUCGAGCUGCCGCUGGCCGGCCCCCCCAUUCUCCUCACCCACAUGCUGGGCGGCGGCCGCGCCAAGGGCGCGGAGGCGAGGAGGCGGGCGGCGCGGCGAGGAGCCUUCUCGGAAGCGUGUCGGGGCCUGCUCAUAGGGGGGCGCGAGGAGACGGGCGCCACCGCGGCGACGGGCGGCGCGCUGUGGGAGGGGUCUCUGCUGCUCGCAAAAUGGGGCGGCGCCGGCGGCGAGGCUGGCCGCGUGGGCGGGUGGGCGGGAGCCGUCCAGGAGCCUUCAGGGCGGCCUCCUGUAGGCGUUGGGCCGGUGCCGGUCGGAUGGGCGGGUCGUUCCGCCGUCGAGCUUGGCGCAGGGCUCGGGCUGCCGGCGAUCGUCGCGGGUCGGCUGGGGAUGCGCACGGUGGCGACUGACGCGGACGAGGACAAGCUGGGGCUGGGCCGGCCGCCGGACGUGCUCCUCGCUGUGGACGUUGUGUACGGCAGGGAGGAGCGCGUGUGGAGCGCACUGGUGGAGACCCUCGUCGCCCUCUCCUGCGAGGGGACCCUCGUGCUCAUGGCGCACGGCAACGGCGCCGCGCCCGGCGUCCACAGCAUGGGCGGUCGCUUCUACGAGAUGGCCGCAGACCACUUUGAGGCGGCGAGCCUCCCGGCCGACGCGGAGCACCCGGGCUGCCAGAUCCACUGCCUGGUGAGGCGGCCGCCCGCGGAGAGCAGGCGGGGCUCGGUCCGGCCGCGGACAAAGCGCGCUCGGCCACAUUAA